AUGCGUGGCUUCAUCAUGCUUGUCUGCCUGUCCCGGGUGCUUGCCGAAAUUGCCGGCAGAAAUGCGGCAGCCUCCCAACCUCUAUCGCCAGAAGACCCAUCUACACCAGAUGGCUCUCACGGUCCGAACGACAUCGGCAUGCGAGUCGGUGAUGGGAGUGAUGCCGGACACGGAAGUGGCCAGUCAUUUGUCGAGCAGCACACCAACUGGCUCCUCAACUCCGCCACCAUCCAACGAAAGUUUGCCGAGCUCGCAACGGCUGUUAUCAAAGCUCGAGAUACCUGCGAUGCUACCAAGAAGGAUUGCACACAGCUUUGCGAUGGUCAGGUGGACUGUCGCUUCCCGCUCAAGUUCACCCAGAUCGACCAGAUAGCCAACGGUCAAAUCAGGUGUAUUCCGCCGUGCGACCCCGAUGUACUGAAUACCUUGUCGACGGACUGGGCUGAGCCAGGAGACGUGCCUCACCCACCGGUUAUUGUGGAAGAGGAGUGGCGCCCGGAUGGGAUUCCGUUUCCGAAUGAUCGGCGGACUAUCAGGCCAGAGGUAGGUGAGGUUACUUUGCCGCUAGCGGAUCCAGCUCAACGUCCAACGGAGCCGUCUCCACAUAUCGAGAAGCGAAGCACCGCAAUGUACGAUGGAUCCGAAAAUGUCAGUUUUGCUCGGCCGGAGGGAAACGCGUCAAGGGUUCGGAGACUAGCGCUGAUAUGGGUGGCUGUGUGUAUCAUCAUUGGCGCCGUCAUGUUCAUGUGUUAG